ACCCCGCGCGUCGCCCUCACCGUCGCGUCCGAAGGCGCCAUGGUCCUCGUACUCAUCAUUGGCGACCUGCACAUCCCGCACAGAAUACACGACCUGCCGACGAAGUUUAAGAAGCUCUUGGUUCCGGGGAAGAUCCAGCAGAUUCUCUGCACGGGCAAUGUGUGCGACAAGGAGACGUAUGAUUAUCUCCGGACGAUAUCCCCCGACGUGCACGUCGUGAAGGGUGAUUAUGAUGAGACGCCAUUUCCCAUGUCGGUGACAGUGUACCAUAGCCCCAUCAAAAUCGGGGUCAUACACGGGCACCAAUGCGUCCCCACUGGAGACCUCGACUCUCUCGGUGCGCUCGCGCGACAGAUGGACGUAGAUGUCCUCAUCUCGGGCCAUACACAUACCUUCCAAGCACUGGAAUACGACAAUCGCUUCUUCGUGAACCCCGGCUCUGCCACAGGUGCCUGGUCGGGCAAUGUCAAGGGCGAUGCCGUCCCGUGCUUCGCGCUCAUGGACAUUCAAGGUCCCGUUGUGGUGACGUACGUGUACCAGCUCGUCGAAGGCGAAGUCCGCGUCGAGAAGAUCGAGUGGAGGAAGGAGGCAGAGCCUCCCAUCGGCCCGCGCAGCACUGUCUUGCCUCAGAGCAUACCAAGUCCCGCACCAGCGAGUCCGCCCCCGAGCAACGGCUGGUAGCGAUCCUCCUGCCCCGCCUUCAAUCCGUACUCUAUGUAUUCAGUGUCAUAUCUCUGCUGGAAUUCCGUCAUCCUUGUUGUAACCAACCUCAAAAGGCCCCGUUCUGCC